AUGCACUUUUUAAAUAAUCAUAGAAAGCGUAACAUUACCAAUAAUAAUUUAGUACCUGGAAUCUUACAAUGGACAAGAUUUGAAAGCAGGGGAAUUCCAAUUAAUUUAUUUACUAUUUAUUUAAGUGGCAGAUCAGAUGAUUAUGAAAAUGAUCAAGAAGCCAUUAACAGUUUUAUCAAUGCUGUUUUAACAUGUAAAGAUGAACAUAUUAUUUUAAGUGGGGAUCUUAAUAUUGAUACUCAAAACCCCACUACUACAAGAGAAAAGGAUUGGAUUUGGAUUCUUGAAAUGUUAAAAUUGACAGAAUUCAAAACACCAAAUUAUACAUGGAUUAGACGAAGUCAGGGAACUUUAAUUAGAUCUAGACCUGACCAUAUCUUUGUCUCAAAGAAUAUUAGAGUGGUAAAGGAAGUAAUUAUGACACCUUUGACCACUAAUGAUCAUGUCCCUUUUUAUUUAGAUUUAGAAUUUAAAUCUAAUCUUACUUGGAGAACUUACUUUAGUAAGAAUAAGAGGAAAAGAAUGUACGAAGCAAUUAAUAAGUGUAAAAUUGACAAUUUUCAAGAGCUGAAUCAAGCAAUUGAGGCUCAAAUAAUUAAAUAUGGAUCCAAAGUAGAUAGAUUAGGAGUUGGAAGAAUUUCUACAGCAUUUAAAGAAGAAAUUCAAGAUUUAGAGGAUGAAAUAUUAUCUAAAAUUAAUAACCCUAAUAUUCCUCAAUCAGAAAUACAAGAACUACAAACACUCCUAAAAGAAACACAUAUUAAUAAUGCAAAAGAGAUUAAGGAAAAACUUAUAGAUGAAUUUAAUGAUAACUCUUCAUCUAGAAUGUAUCAAUUUGAUAAAAUGAUACACUCUAACCAAAUUAUGUGGAAAGACCUUAACUUUGAAGAAGAAGAAAUAGUGGAUUACUUUACAAACAAAUUUACCUCCACUAAUCAACAACCAACAUUCACACCAAGUAAUUCAACUAUCAAAGAAGGUCCAGAUUGGAGCAAUUCGAUUCAUAUUAAAGAGCUACAAGAUGCUCUCAAACGAAUGAAAUCAAACACUUCUGGGCCUGAUCUAAUCUCACUUGAUAUAAUUAAACAUCUUACAGAAGCUAAUCAAGGAAUCCUCUUAGAAGAAUAUAAUAGAUGUUUAAGAGAUGGUGAUAUUCCACAAAAUUGGAAACAAGGAUGGAAAGCUCAGGAAAUAGAUCGUGCAAUUAGAGGUGCAAUCAGACGUAAAUUAUUAAUGGACAGAGCAACUCCAACAAGUUUCUUUCACCUGCCAUUAGAAGAAGGUGGAUUACCAUCAAUUGAGGAAUUCUCUGAAAGAAUGAAUUUAAGAACUAUGAAUUUAAUCGCCAAUAAUAAGAAUAAGUUAAUAAGAAAAGCUUGUGAGGAAACUAAAGAUAAUAUUUAUGCUAAAUGGUUAUCUGUACUUAAAGAAUAUAAUCUCACAUUUGUGCAGAAUGAUACGAAAUUUAGAAUAGCCAAAAUUAAAACAGGAAAUAGUUUCGAUAUCCAUACAGAUGGAUCUAGAAUUAAUCAAAAGACAGGAAUGGGUAUUAAUAUUUAUGAUACCUCAAAUAGAUCAGUUCCUUUUACCAUUCAUACUGAUAGUGAAGUUGCAAUAGAAGUUCUCAAAGAUAGAUACAAAGGAGAUUUUCUAACAUUAAAAGAAGCCUUCUUUAGAACAAUCAAAAAUAGAAAAAUAGAAUAUGAAAUUAAGAAAGUUGAAGCACACAAAGAUAGCGAGAAUAUCAAGGUUGAUUUAAUAGCAAAGAAUGCUACAACCAGAGAUGAUAUUUUUGAUAUUUGUAAUUUACUCAAGAAUCAACACCUCCUUGUUAAGGAUGGUGUUGUCAUCUUCAAUCAUAAGAAGAUGACCAUAACAAGACAUUUAAGUGUAAGACAUAAUAAGAUGAAUGAAAACCCUAACUUUAUUCUAAACCAAAGUUGGGAUUCUCUUAAUGUGCAAUACCUUAAAACUCGUCUUACUCCUAAAACUAAAUACUUUAUAUGGAGAAAUUCCAUCAAUGCCCAUAUCAAUUUUGGUAAGGGUAAAAGUUUCUGUUACGAUUGUGGUACAGAAUCUGAUUUAUUCCAUUACAUUCAUGAGUGCCCUGGCUUGGAUAGUGCCAGGUAUUUUUGUCAGUCAAAGAUAUCUGAUAUUCUUGAAGGGAGAGAGUGCUUACUUUCUCAUUUUCAAUUCAAACCAGAAAAGCAUCACCAUGCAUUACAUUUCCAUCAUAACGGAAUCACCUCUUUCGAAGAUGGAUACAUGCAAUUCCAUAAAGACAUCGCUAAGAAGUGGCCAGAGAUCCAAGGUGCCAUUUCUAACUUCGUCGGCCGUUCCUAUUCUAACUAUUAUAUUGACUCCAAAUAA